CUGAUUACUCCUACUAUCGGAUCCACAGCUCGAACAUCGCAGUGUUGUCGAGGCUCAAACACGAUUACGCGUAUGGACAGGCGCCCGUAGCUCCGCGGACCCGUCUCUAUCUCUCCGUGCGCCACACGGACUAAACACCGACGAGUCAUUAUUUUUUGGGCACAUAUCUGGGCUGCUCUCCACGCUACGGUGUCUCACACUGCAGGGCCUCUUUCAGUUUACAGGAAAAAAGUGGGUGUUUGCUGCUCACUGGUGUUCCGGCAGCGGCGGCGGCAGCGGCGAGCGCAGCGAAGUGUCCUCGAUGGCAGGCUGGAAGGACGGCUCGGUGCAGGAGAAGUAUCGGCUGGUUGUGGUCGGAGGCGGCGGUGUCGGUAAAUCAGCCUUGACUAUCCAGUUUAUUCAGUCAUACUUUGUCACCGACUAUGACCCCACGAUUGAAGACUCUUAUACCAAGCAGUGUGUGAUUGACGAAAGGGCGGCCAGGCUUGACAUCCUCGACACGGCUGGACAGGAAGAGUUUGGAGCCAUGAGAGAACAAUACAUGAGGACAGGGGAGGGCUUCCUGCUCGUCUUCUCAGUCACUGACAGAGGAAGCUUUGAAGAAAUCUACAAAUUCCAAAGACAGAUUCUCAGAGUGAAAGACAGAGAUGAAUUCCCUAUGAUCCUUGUAGGAAACAAAGCAGAUCUGGAACUACAGAGACAAGUAACCCAGGAAGAGGGCCAGCAGCUGGCUAGACAAUUGAAGGUCACAUAUAUGGAGGCUUCAGCCAAAAUCCGUAUGAACGUAGACCAGGCUUUCCACGAGCUGGUUAGGGUAAUCAGGAAAUUCCAAGAACAGGAAUGUCCACCGUCGCCAGAACCUACAAGAAAAGAGAAAGACAAGAGCGGCUGCCAUUGUGUGAUCGUCUGAGUCGGCCUUAUCACUGUAACUCAUGCAGCUACUCUCUACAACCCCACCCACUCUGCCUGACAUCACAUCCUAAGUGGAUGACUGACCGCUGCCUUCUCCACGUGCAUGACUUCAGACAGCCUUUUCUGAGAUACUCUGACCAGGAACUGCUGUCCCCAGGACAUCACUAUGGACAACUGACAAUGCCAAAUUUUAACACCACUCUACCUUCAGCCGUAAUCUAAUUCACACGAGAGAGUCCCCAACACUAAACAUUGCCUUCUAAAUCAGCCUGACAAAUUAAUGUUUUGUACUCUGAAGGACUUCUCUUGCCUUGUAGUGACAUUUGUACUUGCUACCGAGAUUGAAUGAAAACUAUAUAUCCAGAAUGUUAAUGAGUUUCUUUAGUUUUCCGGUGUCUGACCAGAGCAGAGAGAUUACCUUAUGAAGCUUUGUGUAUGUUGUGCCAUAUCCACCUUUACUCCCAUGUGCUAAUCUGCUACUGUACAUAUGUGACAUUUGUUGUGAUUUUCAAAGUGUACUUCUAAUGAUCUAUUAAAUCACCACAGUACAGUGUGUGAGGUUGAGUUUGGUUUUACAUAUAUGAAAGUGAAUAUAUAAGUAUGUAUAUAAAUAUAAAGCCUAGACAGCCCUUAAAGCUACAAUGAUAGAACUUUCUGGCAUUCUGCAGUGGAUUCUUCUUCUUCGUCUGUGGUUCCUGCUUUCAUCUCAAUUUGCCAAAUAUGGAGUGUCUACUGUAUUUGAUUUUUUUUUUAAAAAAGUCUUAUAGAUUGAAGCAUUCUUAUCCUCUGCCGUCUCCUCAAUGUACUGAAAGGUGGCGGUUCAGUCAGAAUUGGACGUCAUGCAUUGUCUCAGAUUUCUAAGAAGCGGUAGAUGCAUUUAUUAGUAGCACAUUCUGUGUCUUUGACGACUAACAUAACUUCAGAUCGAAACACUGAACACUGUACGCUCGCUAUUUCACUUUUAGAUCCACUUGUUGCAAAUCAAGAAGCUUUCAGAGUUCAGUUCAGAUCAUUCCGAUGUAAUGCAUCUUUUCUGUCAAACAUUCAGUCUAUGAUAUAGAUCAAAUUACUGUUAUAUCAUUCCAAUAACACAGUGGCAAUGUUUUUGUUUUGUGUCCUUGAGUUAUUCUGUUACGUAACUUUCUCCCCCCCUAAAUGAUCUGUCACUUGGAAAAUAAGUGGAAGCAUUGAGAUGCACAUCAUAAAACAGCCAUUCUCCAAUGGGACAUGAACUCAGCGGACCUGCCACCUGUGGAGCUCUCAUCGCCACAGACACAAUAUACUGUUCUGCCUUCCCUCUCCACUUGUGUACUUCUGUUCGGGCAUAUAAAUGAAGUACUGCAGUUUGUUUUUCACAUCAUCAUCUUGUAAUAUAAACAACAUGAAAAUCAGAUGAUGGAAGUAAUGGACUUGAUUAAAUGUUUCUACUCUACUUUUAUACAUUAUUUUCUUAUCAAACUAGUUGACAAGUAUUUUUAUAUGUUUAUAAGUGAGUACACAUUCACAGCAUAGCUGUGUAUAUAUGUAAAGAGGAAUAUUUAAUUCUCUUGAUUAUUUUAAACUGAAGAUGACUGUUGGCCCAAAUUUACACAAUUGGCUUAUUCACCCAGAUGUGACCAAGAAUGUAAUAUCUUGUUGUGGCUUAGUUGUGGAGAAUAUAUUUAUCUUUGAGGUGCUCACCUCCCGCUCAGAGCGUAAAAUGCCAUGUCAGGUGGGAGAGGGUGUUUAGAAAUGAUUCUGGUCUUUACAUAGGAGCUUAAAACCACAUGAAUGAAUUAUUAUAAUCACUGAGAUUUGAAAGACCUACUUCCCAUCUUAUUGCAAAUCCUAUAGUGUACAUCCAAAUCAUACUGUUCUUUCUUUUUCUUCCAUAUCAGUGUCUUUUGCCCUGUGUCUAGCUUUUGGUGCUAAAAUAAAAUCUGUCAUUGAGCCAGA